AUGUCUGGCGGUAUGACGAGCAUUGUAUCAAUCCUAAACAAUGACGACCACCCGUCGUUUGCAGUCCGGUCCAAUCCGAGACUGACCCGGACCAACACCUCGCCUUCGCAUUACCACCAACAACAACAUCCCCAUCAACUUCCUCUCCCCAUCAACGACCAGCAGUACGCCCGUCCGCAUACUUCAUCCAAGUCACCAUCCGCAUCACCACGAGGCACACAGCAUCUCUUCAACCCUGUAGCAGAAUCCGUACAGCCCACAUCACCAGGCUCCUCGGACGGCUCAGCCUACGACUAUCCUAGCAGCCAGCCCUCAUCUUCAGCUUACCAGCCGUACGCCCGGCAGGACCUGCGACGGGAUCCAUUCCGCUACCCAUCUCGCGGACCAGCCGGCCCACAAACACCACCUGAGAUUCAUGCAAGCACAGCAACCGACGCAAAGUCCUCGCACUCCCAGCCCGGUAACUCGCGCGGAACUGGGCGCAAGAACAAGUACCCCUGUCCAUACGCCGCGAGCCAUGGCUGCUCAGCGACAUUCACGACAUCCGGCCACGCAGCCCGCCACGGCAAGAAGCACACAGGCGAGAAGAGCGUAUACUGCCCUAUCUGCAAAAAGGCAUUUACUCGCAAGGACAACAUGAAGCAGCACAUCCGCACUCACCGUACACAUUCAGACGAUAUGCGAUCUACACCUUCAGAGCCUGAUGCCGAGUCUCGGUGGACACUGCCUCGACCUGAUUCGGGUUAUGCGCCCCAAGCUCAUAGCCGGACGGUGAGCCAGUCUACAGACGCCAGUACGAUAAUACCUCAUCCUAGCCGUGGGUCUCAAACGCCUUCGUGA